AUGUUCGAAGGCACCAGAUUGUAAUAUAUCGUUCCUGGAUAUACAGGACAUAUUCCAAAAGGCUUUUUUGAACAAUAAGUCGGUUAUUAUUAGGAAGAAAAGCCACAAAACCACAUUCCAGGUUAUGCUGGAGAGAUCAAAUCAAUGAAGGCUGAAAACCUAUUUGCUUAAACUUACGGGAAAAUAACAUACCAAAUCUAACACGAUGACUAUUACAAAGGACAAGAUGUUCCACCCGAAUUAAGAUAUAAAUCACAACUAUAAGACACUUAUCAAAAUUAAAAUAAGGUGCAACUCAGAACAGCUGCCGAAAUCGUUGGCGUGAAACCCAAACCUAUAGAAUAUAAGAUUCCUCAAACUGAAACUGCUAAGAAUUUCUUUAGGUUGGAUGAAUCCGGCAAUCCCAGAUUGAAGGAAUCACUCAGCAAUUGGAAGAGUGAAUAUGAACAUCAUUCCGAAACCAUCGAUGAAGCAACUCACAAGUUCCAUGGAGACCCUGGAUAAAAAGUGCCAAUUCCUCUGGGGGAUCCUUUACCUGGGUAUACUGGCAUGCAGAAGAGAGUAGUUGCAGCUAAUAUUUUUGGGCAAACCUUUGCAAAUGCUCGUAAAACUGCCUUGCAAGAUGAUGCCAAGAUCAAGGAUGAAAAGAUGAAUACAUUCAAACAAUAGGCUUCAUUUAUACCAGCUUUAAAAAGAUGAUAAUUAUUAUAUAUGAACGAACAUUGUUAUAUAUAUUGUAAUCAAA